GGAGCUGCACGGCCCUCUUCGAGCAGUGCCCCGUCGGCUUCGUGCUCUUCCGCGGCCUGUCGCUGCUCUGCGCGGCCCGGGGCCGGGACGGCGUCGGCACGCGCUAUGUGGAGCUGGUUCGGAACCGCUGGGGCCGCGGGCUGCUCGACAUGAUGCGGCUGCGGCUCAGCUUCAAGGACAUACUGCACUCCGGCUGGCCCUACUUCGGGGUGCUCUCGCAUCUGGCGGGGCAGCUCCAGAUGGACGGCUUUUGGGAAGGCAACGCUGUGCAAGCGAUGAACGACCGUGCGCCGCUGGCGCCGACGAACUCCUUGUGUCACGUGCUCGGCUGGCACGAGGACCUCAGCUUCCAAGAGCAGGUGCUGGCUGGACUGCGCGGAGCUCCCAUGCCAACCCUCGUCCGACUCCCGCCGGGCCGCGGCCGCGGCGCCUGCCCCUGCAGCGGGCCGUGGCGCGCGUGUGGUGCAGACUGGCUGCUCCGGAGGCGCCCCCGGCGGCGCCGCCUGGCACGCUCCCGCGGAGCAGGCUGAGAGAGGUGGAGGCCGUGGUGCAGCAGGCAGAGGAGGACCUGCGGGCCUGGGGCGCGGCGGCGGGCAAGGGCGGGCGCCAGCGGCCGUACUUCUUCGAGCUCCUGGUCACGGCGUGGCCCGUCUGGCAGGCGCUGCACAGAGUGGGCUUGCAGCUGUUGGCCUUCUUCGCGCUGGCGUGCGAGGGCACCGCGGCGGUGCCCGAGGCGCUGCUGGCCGCAACGCCGACCCGGGCCGCACGCGCGGGCAGCAGCAGCGCCGUGCCCGGCGCGCUGUGCCCGGCUUGCCCGUGCCCGCUGCAGG